GGAAAGGUUGUCACGUGACAGCUCUGCUGUGUUCAUGUGACACUGUAGAAGAGGUAAAUUUAGUUUUGGUUUUUGCAGUGUAGUUAUUUCUGUCGCGGUAGUUUUUCUGUUUUCUUUUCUUUUCACUUUUGUUAGUGCGCUUUCUCAAGGAAAUGUCAGCAUCCAGCUACAGAAAGAUCAUUAAAAUAAGCUGGAGACAUUUUGUAUGAGUUUGACUCACAUGACGAUUGUGUCAUUCUAUAACCGCUUCCUUAAAGUGUGCGGUGAGCCAUUCAGCCAGUGAAGGUGACCAUAGAAAUGAAAUGAAAUGAAAUGGAGAUCCGAAGUGUGAAUUAUGCAUUUCUCUUCUUUUGGACCGCCUGCUUUAUUGGGACCACUGAGACCCAGAAUGUUUCGACUCCAAAUAUUAUCAUAAUGCUGAUGGAUGAUAUGGGAUGGGGUGAUCUGGGUGUAUUUGGUGAGCCCUCUAAAGAAACCCCACAUCUGGAUCUGAUGGCCUCUCAGGGGAUGCUGUUUCCCAACUUCUACGCUGCAAAUCCUCUCUGUUCUCCAUCCAGAGCCGCGUUGCUUACCGGGCGUCUUCCCAUCCGGAAUGGAUUCUACACGACCAACGCACAUGCCAGGAAUGCCUAUACACCUCAAGAGGUCGUGGGAGGAAUUACAGACGAUGAGAUCCUGUUGCCUCAGAUCUUAAAAAAACGAGGUUAUGUCAGCAAGAUCAUUGGCAAGUGGCACCUCGGACACAGAACGCAGCACCUGCCUCUGGAGCAUGGUUUUGACCAGUUCGUCGGUUCUCCACAUUGCCAUUUUGGACCCUAUAACGAAAGCAUCCGUCCCAACAUCCCUGUCUAUAACAACUCCCUAAUGAUUGGAAGGUAUUAUGAGGAAUUUCAAAUCAACAGGAAAACCGGCGAAUCAGACCUCACACAGCUCUUUUUACAGGAAGCAUUGGACUUCAUCUCGCAGCAAAACGCAGCACAUCAGCCUUUUUUUCUCUACUGGGCCCCAGAUGCCACACACGAUCCGGUUUAUGCUUCCAAGCAAUUUCUGGGUCGGAGUCAGCGGGGACGCUAUGGUGAUGCUGUGAUGGAGCUGGACGACAGUGUGGGGAAGAUUUUGGCUCAACUGGCUGAGCUCCACAUCGAGAAUAACACGUUUGUGUUCUUCACUUCCGACAACGGUGCUGCAGUGAUGUCUGGACCAGGGCAUAGUGGCAGUAAUGGCCCGUUCCUGUGUGGAAAGGAGACGACUUUUGAGGGAGGAAUGAGGGAACCUGCUAUUGCUUGGUGGCCUGGACACAUUCCAGCAGGCACGGUGAGCUAUCAGUUAGGAACCGUGAUGGAUCUCUUCACUACCAGCCUCGCUCUAGCCGGCCUUAAUGCUCCUGAUGACCGGAUCAUCGAUGGACUGGAUCUGAGGUCCACCCUCUUUAACAAUUCAGUAAUCGAAAGGCCCGUAUUCUAUUACCGUGGCAAUGAGAUGAUGGCAGUGCGGGUCGGGCUGUACAAGGCGCAUUAUUGGACGUGGACCAACUCGUGGGAGGAGUUGAAACAGGGAAUCAACUUUUGUCCUGGCCAGGAGGUUCCUGGGGUCACCAAUCAUACUCAGCAGGAGCACACCAUGCAGCCACUCAUCUUCCAUCUGGGACGAGACCCGGGCGAGAAACAACCAAUCAACAUCCUGUCUGAGGAAUAUCUGAAAGUUCAGAGCUAUAUCAAUACCAUAGUGGAACAGCAUAAGAAGACCCUCAUGCCCGGAGAGCCACAGCUGAACAUGUGUGAUCUGGCAGUGAUGAAUUGGGCUCCACCAGGUUGUGAAAAGUUGGGAAAAUGUCUCAAACCACCACCAUCUCAGCCAUGGAAAUGUGACUGGCCCCAUUGAUGCACCCAAUCAAUACAUUUAUACAAUAAAAACUAAAACUCAUAUUACUGGCCAGAAAAAAGCAUCAGGUUUGAACUGUACAGUUCAUUUUUUUGUAUAAUAGCUAAUGUAAGAAUAUAAGAAUAAGAACAACAUAUAAUAUCAGAGUCUUGAGAUUCUUAUUGUAAUUAUAAGAUAUUUGAGUUCUUUAACUACUUUGAAUGAAAAUGGAACUUAAUGAUUUUUAUAAUAAGAGAAAUUAAAAAUCAAUAAAUUGUA